CGUCUUUCGAAACCAUGAAGACUAUUAUUUUUGUUUUGACUUUAAUCUGCUUGACCCUUGCAGAGUUUCCUAGAUCAGUCUCCCGUAGACAGAGACACCUGAGUCCAUCACCAAGGAUUCUGGGGGGAAACCUUGCAGAGCCUCACUCCAUGCCAUACCAAGCUUUCCUUGAAUUUUAUACAGAAACGUCCGGUCGGUACUGUGGCGGUUCCGUCAUUUCACAAAACUAUGUUUUAACGUCUGCAGCCUGUGCUAAUAAUACCGUUGAAGUGUUGGUAACUCUAGGUGCUCACGAUAUCUUCCUCACGGAAAGUACCCAAAUCAACGUUUUCAGCACAGAUAUCAUAGUUCACGAACAUUAUGGCGAAGAUUAUGGUCGGCUUAACGACAUUGCUGUAGUUAAGCUUCCGAAGACUAUCGACUACACUUUUGCCAUCCAGCCAAUUACGCUACCAAAAAGAGCUGAUAUUGAUACAGUGUAUAUCGGAGUGGUCGGACGAGUUGCUGGGUGGGCUAUAGACGAUGGUUUCAUCAGCGAUAAAUUGUUUGACAUUUUACGAUAUUUCGACACGACUGUUUUAAGUAGUCUUGACGAAGCUUGUCGUGACCAUAAUUUACCAGGAACUAUGUUUUGUACUUCUGGAGAGUUUGAGGGGGUUUAUGUCAGUCCUUGUGAUGGAGACACUGGUGGCGGUUUCGUGGUGGACGGCGUUCUUGUUGGAAUAGUUUCCUAUAGUGUUUACUGCGUAGAAAGUCUGCCUGCUUUUCAUACUAAAGUGGUCAAUUAUUUGGACUGGAUUGGUGAUAACACUGAUGUUGUUAUAGAAUGAUGUUACAAAUAUCUGCAAUUAAUAAAUGAGUUGUUUAACCAGGUCA